AUGCGGCCGCAAAAUCAUUAUGCGGAUCGCAUAAUCAGUAUGCGAGAGAUAUCUGGGAAGCUUGCUGAUCAGAUCUGCGGCAUUGCUAAAGUUGUGCGGACUGCGGAUUUGUUCCGCGGUCGAUUCUGCGUUCCAUUUGUGGAAGCAUUUCAAGAGAUACAUGGUUUUUCUAAGUACUUGAAGGACUUAAUCACUAAAAGGAAAACCAUCAAUAAUGAAGUGGUGAGUGUCACCCACCGGGUUAGCUCCAUCAUUGCAACAACCGCCGUACAAAACAAAGAGGAUUCGGGGGCUUUCACUAUUCCAUGUACUAUUGGAUUGCAUGACUUUGCACAGACUCUUUGUGAUAAUGGGGCUAGCAUCAACUUAAUGCCUCUUGCUAUCUACAAGCAAUCCAGAUUAGGAAUGCCUAGGCCUACGAGUAUGAGGUUGCAAAUGGCAAACCGUUCGAUAAAGCGACCGGUGGGGAUAGUGGAUGAUGUGCUUGUGAAAGUGGGGAAGUUUCUCCUCCCCACCGACUUUGUUAUUAUUGAUUGUGUUGUUGAUAAAGAGAUCCCUAUCAUCUUAGGGAGACCAUUUCUUGAGACUGGGAAAGCACUCAUGGACUCGAAAAUAAAUGAGAUUAAAUUUCGAGUUAAUGACGAAGAAAUUACCUUUCAAGCAAGUUAG